CUUCUUCAUCUCUGGGCUUGCUGCCGCUCAUCAUAUCACACUAAAACUAAGCUAUUAAUAAUAAAGGCCCUAUCAUGCUGCCAUCUUCCUCAUCUUCUUCAUCUUCACUAGCCUCUCCGCCCUUUAACCACAGAAAAAGUAGAGAAACCAGUGUGAAUAAAUCAACAGCAGCAUGUGCUACGCUCUCCUCGUUUCUUCAACAGGAAUCAUCUUCUUCAUCAUCAUCAUGUUUCAAUCAGAAAAGUCCAUCUGUAAAUACCCAAAAACUGUCAUCAUCAUCAUCAGCAUCAUCAUGGAUUGUUAAUUCGAGCUCUGCUAAUAAUAACCUUUUGAGUAAAUCCACAGCAUCGAUCAGCAGGGAUAAGCUAAAAGGUAUAGGAAGUCGCCGUCAAGUAGUAGUGGAAGAAACCGAUGAAAAGGUAGUGGCAACGCCGCCGGCUACGGUGACAACCACUUCUCCGAGUCCGGGCCAUGCUUUUAUCUCUGAUCUUCUUGAUAAGUAUGAGGUCCACAGAAUAUCUAUGUUGCUUGACCACUACAUAGAGACUAGCUGUCAGGCCGCCUGCUGCGACGGCCGCCGUCGCCCCAGGAAGAGCGGAAGGAGUAAUGUGAAGAAGAAGCCGCCGCUUCCGCCUGUGGGGCUGUGGCUGAUGAGGCAAACAUCGUUGUGUCGGUCACGCGCGACUGAUGUGGUGGAAGAAUCUACUACACGUAUUGGCGGCUGUUCAUCAUCCCGAUGGCUCCUGAAACAGUAGAUUCUACGACGGGGUGUGGCCUAGAUGGUGUUUUUGCUUAAAUAUUCAGAAAUUAGGGUCCCUAGAAAUUACUCCAAAUAACUAGAGAAAAAUACCCAUAUAUUACCAAAACUAGGUAGAAUUUCUAAUCUAUGAUUUGAGUUGUUAUUAGUCGUUCCUACGACCAAAAAGAUGAAACAAAAAACGGCCGAAUUAUUGAAGUACGAAAAUAACCCCCAAAGAGGAAACACACGAGCAUCGAAAAAAAAGAAACUGAAACGCAAAACCUCAACUGCAAGUCAUCGUGCAGAGUAAAAUUCGGCGGAGCACCUUUUUCAAAGUCAUCGUGCAGAGCAGUUAAAUGCUAAAACUACAUUGCAUUAAUGGAAGAGAUGAAGCCAAUUUAGUAAAAAUGAGUGCCGGAACUCAAAAACCAUGGAGCAACGAAUGAAGGUGAAAAAUGGUGAGGAAAAAAUGGAACUCGCGACGAAACAACGAUGAAUUGGACGAGAUCGUCAAAAUCAAUGGCGUGGCAUAUAAGCGAUAUUGUAAUGCAGAAGUUCUGGAGGGAAGAGACGACAUGAGAGUUAGUAGUUUCUGCAAUUCAGUGAAGGCUGUUGAAAGUAUUAAGAGUGUAUUGACUGAAGAAGAAGUAAAACUGUUUAGGGAGACCGUGUUUGGUUACAUGUUAGAUGUAGGAAAUCUGAAAUGGUUAAAUGCACAGCUGAUAUGCAUGCUAAUAGGUAAUCAUGUUGCACCUAUGGAAGAGAUGACUGUGAAAAAUGAAAUUCAGUUUCAAAUUGGAGAAAGACUAGUUGCAAUGAAGAAAAAAGACCUUACCUUGAUAAUUGGAUUUGAGUUUGGCAGGAACAUACCAGCUAUCAGUACUCGUUGUGAUGGGGAACUGCGGAGAAGGUACUUUAGUGGAAAAAUGAGUCUUGACCGGGGAAACCUACGGCAAGCAUUUGAAUCCAUUAAUAAUAGAAGAGAUGAAAUGCAACCAUUAGAUGCAGUGAAGUUAGGAUUGUUGCAUGCACGUUCUUGGUAACUACAUACUAGGUAACCAGUCGUCACUCAAAGUGCCUACAGCAUACAUGAACCUGGUAGAUGACAUUGAUGCAUUCAAUAAGUUUCCAUGGGGUGAUAUUGUGUGGUCUGGUUUGCUUGAUAAGGUUCCAAAGUGUGCAGCGAUAUUGUGUUGACGGGGAUAGUUGUGGACUAUUUGUACUUAAAAUGGCGGAGUACCUAAUGAUGGGGAGAGAUGUUAAUGAAGUGAAUUCCAGGGACAUGUGGACUUACCGAAAGAAGUUUGUCACUGAGAUCUUGCAUUACAAUGGACUGGUGAAUGUCAAUGGAGUUGAAUGAAUGUCUUUGAGAAAUGUGUAAUGAACUGAAAUUUGCUUUUACUGGGGAUGCUUGAUUUUGAUUAAACUCAAGUAUUGUUGUAUUACGAUUUAAUAUGGUUUUUGUUUGGAUUGAACAAAACAUUGCUUGUGAAGUAUUGACUGUUUUACAUUGAAAAGUGUGCUUAAUAAGCAGUGAAGUAAUAUGACUA